AGGAGCGUCCAGCAGCGAAACCCCACCCCAGGCAGGCGCUCAAGCUGGCUUAAAAGCGCAGGUGCACCCAGGUGUAAGCUGAUCCCCCAAGGGCUGCAAGCAGCGAAGGGUGACGGCGACAGUUUCGGUCCGUAGGCUCUUCUCCGCCAUCACUUGGAGCGCAGCAGCAAACCGGCCACCAUGUCGAUGGGGUUGGAGAUCGGUGGAGUAGCCUUGUCGGUGCUGGGUUGGUUAUGCAGCAUCAUCUGUUGCGCGUUGCCCAUGUGGAGGGUGACGGCCUUCAUCGGCAACAACAUCGUGACGGCCCAGAUCAUCUGGGAAGGGCUGUGGAUGAACUGCGUGGUGCAGAGCACAGGGCAGAUGCAGUGCAAGGUCUACGACUCCAUGCUGGCCCUGCCCCAGGACCUGCAAGCCGCCCGUGCCCUCCUGGUGGUGGCCAUUGUCUUGGCCGUCCUAGGCUUAAUGGUGGCCAUUGUGGGUGCCCAGUGCACCCGCUGCGUGGAAGACGAGAGCACCAAAGCGAAGAUCACCAUCGUCUCCGGCGUCAUCUUCCUCCUCUCCGGCGUCAUGAACCUCAUUCCUGUCUCCUGGUCGGCUAACACCAUCAUCCGGGAUUUCUACAACCCGCUGGUGAUCGAAGCGCAGAAGCGGGAGCUGGGCACCUCGCUCUACGUGGGCUGGGCGGCCUCUGCCCUCCUGCUGCUGGGGGGGGCCCUGCUCUGCUGCUCCUGCCCCCCCAAAGAUGACAGGUACCCCACCGGCAAGGUGGCCUACUCUGCCCCACGCUCCGCAGUCACCAGCUACGACAAGAGGAACUAUGUCUGAGCGCCCCCCCCGAACCCCCCGACAUCCCCCACCCCCACCCCGGGACCCUCAUCACCCUCCCCCCGCGGGGCCCGGGGCCAGCGGCAGCGGGCGGGGGGGUGCGAAGGGGGGCCGGGGCCGACCGCGGGGUUAGGGCCGGGCUGUGUAAAUAGAGACGGUUUCGGUUAAACAAGAGGCGGUUUCGGGUCGGCGGGAGAAGCGGCGGCUGGCUCGCUCCCCCCGCGCCGGCGGGAUGACACGGGGACGGUGUCCCCCCCGGUGCCCUCUCGUCGUCGCCGGCCGGACACCGUCAGUCCCUGUUACGCGUGGUCUGUAUCGGUUACAUUUGUCAAUAAACUUGUCCUGUUUUGGUA